GAUAUAUAUUUGCAAGUAUUACAUAGUUGAGCAGUGUCACAAGUGUGGUCGUACUAGUUGUCGAUCAGGCGAUUGAUAAAACAAAUUUAGAAUAAGAAUAAAAUUUAAAAAGAAUCUCAUACUAUAAAACGACCAUACAAAAAUGAUGGCGAACUGUGUAAAGAAUAUUGGCCGUGAGGCUUCACGACGUAAUUUCGCAACAUGGAACGAGAUAUUCUCAGUUUUUUCUGGUGGACGAAACAAUUACGCAACAGAAGCUUCGUUUGAAACAAAACCAUUUAGACUACACAAAUUAGACUCUGGACCAUCAACAAAAGUAUCAGUGACACGAGAAGAUGCUUUGAAUAUUUACAAAAAAUUACAUACCAUUAGACGGAUAGAAACAGCUGCUGGUAAUCUGUAUAAGGAAAAAAUAGUCCGCGGUUUUUGUCACUUGUAUUCUGGACAAGAAGCAUGUGCUGUGGGAAUGACAGCAGCUUUACGGCCACAGGACUCCGUAAUCACGGCAUAUCGUGCCCACGGCUGGACCUACUUGAUGGGAAUCCCACCAGUUGGAGUUCUUUCUGAGUUGACAGGCCGACAAAGCGGAAACGCUCGUGGUAAAGGUGGUUCUAUGCACAUGUAUGCUAAAAAUUUCUACGGAGGAAACGGUAUCGUCGGUGCCCAGGUGCCACUUGGUGCUGGAAUAGCUUUUGCACACAAGUACCGUGGAGAUGGAGGUGUAUGUUUGGCGUUGUACGGUGACGGAGCAGCCAACCAAGGCCAGAUAUUUGAAGUUUACAACAUGUCUAAGCUCUGGGACGUACCAUGCAUUUUUAUUUGUGAAAAUAAUCAGUAUGGAAUGGGUACAAGUGCUGAUAGAGCUGCUGCUAAUACUGAAUAUUACACACGUGGUGAUUACAUACCUGGAAUUUGGGUUGAUGGUAUGGAUGUACUAGCUGUCAGAGAAGCUAUGAGAUUCGCUAUUAACUAUUGUACAUCUGGUAAAGGUCCUCUUGUAAUGGAAACAAUGACAUACAGAUACAGUGGCCACAGUAUGUCAGAUCCUGGCACCAGUUACAGAACACGAGAAGAAAUCCAAGAAGUUCGACAAACUCGUGAUCCAAUUACUGGCUUCAAGGAACGUAUUCUUAAUGCAAAUCUUGUUUCUGCUGAUGACUUGAAGCAACUGGAGUCAGAAAUAAAGAAAGAAGUUGACGAAGCCGUGAAAGUCGCCAAGAGUGAUAAAGAAAUCGAUGAUCACGAACUGAGUGCUGACAUUUACGCCAACUGCUUAGAAAAUGAAAUUCGCAGCAUAACGCCAUUUACUCCACUGAAGCACAGCAGGAUUGGACCCGCCGUCAAUGCUUGAAUCAUAUCGACAAAUAUUUUAUAGUUAAAUUUUUUAAAUAAUUUAAUUACUAAUUAAUUAAUUGAUUAAAUAAAUUAACACGGCGUACAUCUGGUCGUGGCAUCUUAGCUGGUGCAUUAAAUAAAAACAAUAAAUCUCUCGAUAAAAACAAAUCGACAUAGUUAAUUUAAAUAAAUUAUUUUAAAAAAUGUCAGUCCCUUGUCCGCUAGAUCGAAAAUGUAUAAAUAAUUGAACCGAUUAUCAAUUGAAUUUAAAAAAUAAAAAUGACUGAAAAUUUAUUACUUACAA